ACCCAAGGAGGCGGGGGAAACAGGCACAGUUUUUGCUAUUGGCCUCCUACCUUCGGUUAUUUAUUAAUUAUAUUGAAUUGCCAACAGAGGCAUAGCUUCUUAUGAGCUCUGCUGGCAACAGCGAGAACCCCUUAUGGGUAGUUGAUUAUCUAUUUGAGUGAGGACGGGAGAAGGUGAAGCUCUGAGUGAUCUUAGACUGUGCGGAAGAGAUGAUCCUAUGGAUGAUAAAAUACGGUAUGCCCUGUGCAUGUUAAAGAACCCUGAUGUGGGAAAAAUUACAGAGUAGCUACUGUGGUGGUGUUGGCGAUUAUGGUUGUCUUGCGACAUAAAAUCACAAAUUAUCGUUAUUACAUAAACACGAAACAUUGAUGGAAGAUGCAUCAGCACACGUACGUGUGUGGGUGAUGUUUUUCAUGGUCUUUAUGGGUGACGCGUAUGCUCAUUGUUUGCUACACCUGUCGUCUGUUACUACAAGUACGUUACUUCAAAUUUCCCAGAAAUUAUUCCGCAGUUCUAAGUCUGAGAGCCUCGAGUGAGUGAGGGGAUAUGACAGCUUAUAAGAGUGUUUUUUUAUGCGUAUUUUGUCUUAUCUUUCUGUUCUGGGAAUACUCCACUUCAUUUGUCGUCUGCCUAGUCUAACCACUGCCCCAUUGCAUCUAUGAAAUAUGGGCAGGGAAGGGUAACUGUAAUGGUAACGGAAACAGAAACGGUAUAUUACCGAGAUUGGAGAUGGUAACGAUAACAGAAAUGGAAACUCAUACCACAGUCCUCCAUUACCGGAAACGAAAAUUAUCGUCCGGUGAUGAAUUCGGGUAAUGGCUUUUCCUGUUGUGCGAUGACAUUUGAGUGACUUUUCGUUUUAUCUUUGUGUUUUGAUGACUCCAUUCCCUGUAAUGCUCUAAAUACUAUACGAGAGCAUGGAAACAAAGCGCAAUAUUGGAUCUCUAGGGCGCAUCCCUUGUCUCAGGCCUCGUAAUUCAGUGACAUCAACACAUCAGUGUACUCCACGAUAGCACGAGGACGACAGCCUACGAUUUUUAGUUAUUUAUUUUUUACUGUUUUCAUUUGGCAGUAUUAUUUACUACUGAGGGCGUCCGCCUAUGAAUGCGACAUUGAAUGAAGGUUACGCCCAUCUUGAGUUGCUGGACUCAGAAUGAGUGAAGACUGAAGACAUGUUCCUACAUUGUUUUAAAAAUCUUGCAAGAUGUGCACACCCCAACGACGUAAAAUUACUUGUGUAGUGUGUGCGCGUGACACCGAAGCAGCACUUGAGCAAAACAGGGUGCUGACAGGGUGCUGCUCUGUAACAGCCUUUCCGUUGCCGGAAACAGUAACGGAAACGAAAUUGAAAGGCUGGUGUCAGAAACGGAUAACGGUAACGAAAAUAUAGCGGUAACAAAAAUAGAAACUGUAACGAAGAUACGUUCAGUUACCCUUCCCUGAAUAUGGGUACUGUAUUUGAGGUCCGUGGCCUUGCGAGUGUCACAAGGCAUUGCACUUAGAAGGAACCAUGGUUUUCCCCUCUUUGUCUUCAUUUCCCAUUCGCGAAACGCAAUUACACGAGUGCAUUGCCUUUGGAGGGACUUCCCCCUGGUUUUGCUGCUGCUACUACUAUGGCAGUGACAACUUCUCUCGCAGAAGUUAACCUGUUGCUUCGCGUUUGUGCGACGGUAUUUUUCCGACGUUACCUUUUUCGAUUAAUUCCUUUUCCCGCAGUUUACUGAAAGUUUGCCGUCGAAUUUGUUUCCGUAACGCUAACCCGUACGGUACAACGCGGUGAAGCGGAUGCGAUUCGGUUUGAGAGAACUGUAAUGCUCAGCCUUAUUCCAGGCGCGUACGUCUUCGAAAUGUAGUUCCUGGCAGAGCGAUGGGUUAGAACUACGCGACAUCAUAUAGCGCCUCCUUCCUAAAAAUGUUUUGUGGAAAGUAUCUUGCACUAAUCUUCAUAUUGUAAUUAUAUACGUGAUCGCGCGAGGCUAGCGAUGUUUGCAGCACUCAAUUGUUCUUCGUGGAAUAACUUUUAAUCGGCCGUUUACGGCGGCUGUGUACUCUUUGCCGACGCGGGUGGGUGAAGUGUGCGUGGUCGCAGGUGGAUGGCGGUGUUUCUAAGCAGCCUAUCGUAGCUGCCGGAGCGGCUGUUUUGGAAUGCGGUGGGCAGGCCCAGACGAUCUCUCCGAAGACAGGUUUUCGCGGCAACCUGAGAGUCAGUGCGGGGCGAAAGUGCACGUCGACCGAUUGCUAUGGCGGCCACGGAAUUAAUACGGCCGUCUUGUUCUGCGCUGACAUUAAGUCUUGUGGCCCUGUUUUGUGCCGUGGUUCCAACCUGGGGUCACGUGGCGUUGACUUUCCCUCCGGCACGGAAUUACAACUUGGACUUUCUUGACAAUGGCCGCACCAAGGCGCCCUGUGGCAUGCCGAAAGGCAACAUUGUGACGACGCUGCCUGUGGGUGCUACAAUAAACGUGACAUGGCAUCUGGCGUAUCCUCACCGGGGUGGCUACAAAUUGGAAUUGCUGGACCCAAAUGAGAGCCACCUCAGCGACCUCACGCCAACAUCUGGUCCAAACGGGGAGUUUCUUGGCCUAGACGAUGCGACGGCACAGAGUUCCACUAUCCGGUUACCACAGGGCUUGACAUGCCGCAGUUGCUCGAUACGCCUCGUUCGACAGGCCGGAGAGUGGGGCAAAAAGUACUUGUUCUGGAGCUGUGCUGACAUUGAUAUUGUACAAGUUUCUGAAUUCAAUGUGAUCUGCUCGGGCCACGGCAAACUGGAUGGAGGCCGAUGCAGCUGCGAUCACCUUUACUCUGGCAACGUCUGCCAGUAUAAAGAUGAAUGCUGGACGGAUUCCGACUGUGGUCCUAAUGGACGGUGCAUUAAUGUGGAUGCUACCACCUUUCCAAGGAUGCAGUGCUUCUGCCAAAUGGGAUGGUUUGGCCCUAAAUGUAACAAAGUGUCCCCCAUCACAAGAAGUGGCAUUACAUUAAAGGAUUAUAAGCAACAGAAGUUAUCCGACGAAUUUAUUCUGUACUGGAAGAUACUGGAAAGAACAUCAGAGAUAGAGAUGGUUAUGAAGGUCCAAGGGACAUCGUAUGCAUCUGUGGGAUGGAGACCAAAUGGAAUAACUGCAGCCUGUAAGGCAUUCCCCCAUGUGGACGAUAGGGCUCCUAGAGUACGGAGAGAAGAGCCAACUGCAGAACCCGAACCUGUAUCUGAGCCCGAGCCAUCUGCCGAACCGGAGCCAAAGUCUGAGCCCGAGCCAUCCGCUGAACCGGAGCCAAAGUCUGAGCCCGAGCCAUCCGCUGAACCGGAGCCAAAGUCUGAGCCCGAGCCAUCCGCUGAGCCGGAGCCAAAGUCUGAGCCCGAGCCAUCCGCUGAACCGGAGCCAUCCGCCGAACCGGAGCCAAAGUCUGAGCCCGAGCCAUCCGCCGAACCGGAGCCAAAGUCUGAGCCCGAGCCAUCCGCCCAACCGGAGCCAAAGUCUGAGCCCGAGCCAUCCGCCCAACCGGAGCCAAAGUCUGAGCCCGAGCCAUCCGCCGAACCGGAACCAAAGUCUGAGCCCGAGCCAUCCGCCGAACCGGAGCCAAAGUCUGAGCCUGAGCCAUCCGCCGAACCGGAGCCAAAGUCUGAGCCCGAGCCAUCCGCCGAACCGGAACCAAAGUCUGAACCCGAGCCAUCUUCUGAGCCAGAGCCAAAGUCUGAACCUGAGCCAUCCUCUGAGCCAGAGCCAAAGUCUGAGCCCUCUGCCGAACCCGAGCCAAGGUCUGAACCCAAGCCAUCUGCCGAGCCUGAGCCAAAGUCAGAGCCAGAACCAUCUGCCGAGCCUGAGCCUAAGUCAGAGCCAGAGCCGUCGGCAGAACCUGAGCCAAAGUCAGAGCCAGAGCCGUCGGCAGAACCUGAGCCAAAGUCAGAGCCAGAGCCGUCGGCAGAACCUGAGCCAAAGUCAGAGCCAGAGCCGUCGGCAGAACCUGAGCCAAAGUCCGAGCCAGAGCCGUCGGCGGAACCUGAGCCGGCAGCCGAACCAGAGCCCAAGGCAUCUGUGCCUGCAGGACGAAGCUACAAAGGCAGCCAUGGCCACUCUCGCACCUACCCGCCAAAGAGUGCAUACACUCCACGUGCUGACUUUCAUCCCAUGGAUUGCACAGACAUUAUCAUUGGUUCCGCAAGGGGCAAUCUCAGUCGUGUGUUUGAUUACUAUACCAGAGAUCGCUCAACCCCACAAGUUGACACUUACUUUGGUGGCCAAGACGACCUCACAGCGGCUUUUGCAUAUGAAGAAAACGGUGAAACCGUCGUCCUUUUCAGGAAGCCACUUAAAGCCAAGGAACUGUCGGACCAUUCCUUUGAUGAGGGACUUAUGGAUGUUAUCUGGGCAAGAGGACAAGAACCUGGAGCGUACGUGCACAGACCUAAAACUGGCCUCGAUGAAGGCAAGGCCCGCAUUCUGGACUUCUACAGAAGGGACGAGGUCAAAUACCACGGGCACGGGGAUCAGCGAGGCAAGACGACCAUAAAUUUCCGUGAGAGAGCAUCGAAACAAGAGGCGCCCAGCUGCUACGGUGAGUGGCGGUAUCCUCUGAAGUGCCAGGGGCUCCAGUGUGAAUACAUUGCCACAUGGAGGCUCAACGACAAGACGGACCACAUCCAGUUCCAGAUCCAGACGAGGAGCCCGGACAAAUGGACUGGCAUAGGAUUUUCGGACAACACGCGAAUGGACAAGACGGAUGCAGUCAUUGGUUGGGUUGAGAAAAACGGACGGUUUUCCAUUUACGAUGCAUGGAUCACUGGCUAUGAUCAGCCGACACUAGACAAGUCCGUCAACAUUGCCAAUGCAACAGGACAGUACCGUAAUGGACUGGUGACAAUCCAGUUUGAGAGGAAGCGAGACACGGGUGAUGCAUCCCAUGACUUGGCUUUUAGUGACGAUCGCUGCCUCCACCUGGUGUUCCCCGUGAAAGGUGGACUUUACAACAGUAUAACGAAGAGCAUUCGCAGACAUGAGAGGACGCCAAUCGUGACGCCGAAAAAGGUGUGCAUACAGAGCUGCGGACCAGAAACACCUGUUCCAGAACCGGAACCUGAAGGUGUCCCCGAACCUGAACCAAAGCCCGAGCCCGAGCCAAAGCCCGAACCGGAGCCAGAGCCAGAGUCGAAAAGCCCCCUGGAAAAGGGACUGAACAAGUGUCGUGGUCAGUGGCGUUAUCCUCAGAACUGUGCAAGCGACACCUGCGAAUACGUGGCGACUUGGAACUACCAGGCUCGGACGGACGAGAUUUUCUUUACGAUCAGUACGAAGAGCAACAAGUGGACUGGUAUCGCAUUCUCAAAGAACAAAGCCAUGCCUGAGACGGAUGCUAUUCUUGGCUGGGUGGAGGAAACGGGACGUUACUUUGUUAUGGACGUGUGGAUCGAUGGAUACGAGCCGCCGCUGCUGGAUCCGGUACAGGACGUGGGAAGCAUCUCUGGGGCACGGCAAGACGGGGUGACGACGUUGCGUUUUGCGCGGAAGAGGCGAACGGGAGACACGGGCCACGACCUGCCGCUCGACGGUUGCGUCCACUUGGUGUUUCCCACGCACGGCGGAGUCUUCAACGCAGUCUCGAAGAAGAUACGAAAACACGAGCUGCGUCCUUUUGUAUCCGACAAGCCCAUCUGCUUCAACGAGUGUGCUGGGGAAGCUGUGCACGUGCCUGUACGGCCAACCACUCCAAAAGCGAAAACAGCCGCGCCAACCACGCCGAGCACAACCGGGGCUCCCACACCAGACGUACAGCUCGAGAGGGAAGAAUACGUCGUCCGCAUCAAGCUUGAUGAGUUGUGGUCGUCAGAGUACAACAGCAGGUCUUCCCCGAAGUUCACUAGACUUUCUGAGCAGAUAACCAACACCUUGGAACCGACAUUGACCCAAGUGCCUGGAUUCCACAAGCUUGAGCUCACAGGGUUGAAGAGCGAGCCUGGGAAUGAUAAUGUCAUAGCAGAAAUGACUGUGGUGCUAGACAAUGACAAGCCCCAAGAACUUGAAGACUUGCUCAACGCCACCGUUGCAACUGGAUCCCUAGGGGCACUCAGGGUCGACCCUGCUUAUCUCGUCAUCAGACCAAUCAGUGCUGAGGAUAACGAAAUUUUACACGUACAAACUGCAGGAGCCUCCCCGAAUGCUUGGGACCCGGAGCAGACCAAGUUCUACGCCAUUAUCGCUGGCGUGGCCGCGCUGGUGUUCCUCGUUUUAAUGCAGGCAAUCUUCAUGGCCUGCAGGGACAGGCGACGCAGGAGUCGCCAACAGACUGCGCCCAAUAGGGAAAAGCUUAUCACUAACUCAAACUGGAAAGACUACUCAACGACUGCCAGCAGCAACUACAGCUACGAAAACUUUGCACUCCGUGGCGACGAAGACCAUUCCAUGAAAUACUCCAGCAAACCCCGCGGAGGAAGCGGGCACUCGACAUCCAGGUCGCGCGACGGGACGACUGCUCCGUACUCGACGGCGGACCGACCGCGGUCAGACCCGCAGGAGCUCAACCCGGACUUCUACUUCAUGCCGCAUCAGCGAAGGUACUCUGGUGAAGUGGUGCGUGUUUUUGUGGACUACAAUAAUCCGGAGUAUGCCGGAAACAAGUGAUACGAGGUGGUCGGAGUGGCGGGUUGACUCGGGGUGGGAUGUGGGAGGACUCUGCAGGGAUGGACUCUCAGUGUACAUAUUUUCUGUAGAUUUUUUAAUAAUUAACUCAUUUUUUUUACAGUUUUUAAUAAAGCUGCCUUUUAGCGUUUUUACACCUUGC